UACCAAAGUACGUUUCUUCUUUCAGAGGGAAAGAUAGAAAUUUCCUCUACGCUUCUCAGUUUUGCAAACCACCUUUACAGAUCUUUCUUUUAUAAAACCCUUCCCUUCUCUUGGAUCUUAAUCUCUGUUUUCUAUCAAAACCAACUUCUCUUUCAAAGAAAAGAAAAAAAAAUGAGUUAUUACGAUCAGCAUCAGACACCAGUUGGUGCUCCUCCACCGCAAGGAUAUCCAAAGGAUGCUUAUCCACCACCUGGACACCCUGCUCAGGGGUAUCCUCCACAAGGUUACCCUCCUCCUCAAGGAUAUGCUCCACAGUAUGGUGCUGCUCCUCCUCCUAGGAAACAAACUGGUCUCCUUGAAGGAUGCUUGGCAGCGCUCUGUUGCUGCUGCCUUUUGGAUGCUUGCUUCUGAGCAGGACUCAGGAGUGUGUUGUGAUCAUCUGUUCAUUGAUUCUUCUGGUUUAGGUCAUAACAUAUUGUAUCAAUUAUAGUUUCAAGUUUCAGACUCGCUUGGAAGCUGGCUAUUAUAUAUUAUGACAUGUAUCUGGAUGAUUAUACGUCAAGUAAUUAACUAUAACGUUGUAGUUUGUGAUCUUCUGUUAAAGACACUCUCGUUAUUUGAUCUAUCAGAAGAAGGACCGUCUUCAUGGUA